AUGAUUGAGAGGAAUGUGCGCCAUCGAGGUCGUGGGAACCAUUUCAUAAGAGGCAGAGGUCGUGGAAAAUAUCAUGAAAAGAGCAGUAUGAAUACUUUUGAACAAGGAAAUUUUUAUGGCCGUGGCCGUGGUCGUGGUCAUGGAUUUAGUCGUGGCCGCGGACGUAGCCACAAAUACAAAAGCACAUGUAAUAGAUGUGGCAUAACUGGACAUUGGGGGCGAACUUGUCGUACCGCCAAACAUUUAGUAGAUUUAUAUCAAGCUUCCCAGAAAAACAAAGGAAAAGGGGCAGAAGCAAAUUUUGUAAAUGAAGCAAGUACAUCUGGAGCCACCUUAGAUGUCUCCGAUUUCUUUACUGAGGAUGUUAACCUCCACAAACUUGAUCCCCAAGAAGAAGAUAAUUACAUCUUUUGA